UAUGAUCGUCAUAGUGUAAACAUAAUUUAACAAAAGGAUGACAUGAUUUCACCCUAAUAUUAUCUAAUCUGUAACAUUCUGAGAAAAAUGAGACAGCCAAAAAAGAGUUACCAUUCCAAUGAGAAACAUUAUAUAUAUGUAGGACAAACAUCUUCAGAAAUAAAGAAAAAUAACUUCAAUAUUGAAAAUCCAUUAAGAGAAAAAUAUAAAGAUAUUUUGGGUAAAAGGGAACUCAUUAUUUGCUUGCAGAAAACUUCUGAAAAAGCUAAAUGGAAUUGCAGAUCUAAUGAAAGAAAAUCGAUAUGUAAAAUGGAUAUAAAUAAUUUUGCAAAAGAUUCAUUACCAGUUAGACAGUUGAAGAAAUAUGAUCCAUUAUUAUAUAAUGCAAAGGUUCUAUUAAGAAGAUUACCAAAAAGAGUAAUCGAAGAAGCUAUAGCAAUUGAAAGUAAUCAUAGUAAGGAAAAAUUAAAUAAUGACUUGGUAACAUCUAAACCCAAUAAUAAUCUAAGGAAAGGUGUACAUAAUUAUACCUUGUCCAAAAGAAAAAGUUCUGUGUCUGAGUAUAAUCAUAAAUCAAACAGUGUAGAUAUUGUUAAUAAAUAUAAAUUACGAUCAAAUGCUUCAAAAAGAAAAGUGAAAGGCAAUCAAGACAAUUUCAGCAAAAAGCAGAAGUUGAUAAGUGACACGAAUGACAAAUGUAUAGACAAAAGUAUUUCACAAGGUACCUCAGACAAAAUAGUGGAAGUAAAAGAAGAUUCAUUUCACAAGAAUGCUCCUGAAAAUAACUUCAACACUGAUACAGUGGAACAUGUGGAAACUGAUAUUAAUGAAAAUAAAAUGUCAAAUGUUACAAACAAUAAUUUAUUAAAAGAAAAUAAUAACUGUCAAAUUGAAACAAAAGAUCCUGUUAAGAACGUUGGUUGUGUUGUUGAAAACAAAAGUAACAUGUAUUGUAAUAUAUCAGAAAACUAUGCACAAACUUUACCACCCAAUAGUAUUACUGCAAAGUCAUCAAAAAGUAUUAAUGCAAUAACUAUGAAUAAUAUAAUCAGUGCUCUGGAUAAUAUUAACAACUGUCCAAAGAUGAAUGAGCCAAAAAAGAUCAAGAUUAACAAAAUAAAUAAAAUAGCAUACAAGGGAAAGCAAUAUCAUCAAAAAAAUACAAAAAAAGAGAAGUUAGACAGAAAUAACUUGUCAAAACGAUCCAGUAUUGCAUUGAAAAGCAGUGGCUCAGCUGAGAUUCAUAACAAUGCCAGCAAUGUUGCAGAAACAAAUGCUAAUGGAAUGUUAUCUCAAUUGAUAAUUCCAACAGUUAACAAAUUAAAAAAUCUUGCUCCAAAUGAAAAUAAUGAAAAUGUUACAAAGAAGAUAUUACAGAAUGAAAAAGAUAUUUCAGUAGAACAGAAAAAAGUUGAAACUUUUGGGAAAGUUAAUAAUCAAGAAUGUGAUUUGCUGCAGAAAACAAGGAACUCAGAAAAAACAACAGAAACAUUCAAGUCACCUAUACAAACAAAGUAUUCAUGUUUAGAUAAAUUAAAUUUGAGUAACUGUACAAAGAGUGAUGAGGAUGAAGACGAUGACUGUAUUUCUUUGUUUGCAGAUCCGACCCUUAUAGACGAAUGCAAUACUUCAUUUACAAAUCUAAAACAGAAUUCAUUGUGUAAUUCUACACACACUGAAAAAAAACGUAUCAUGAGCAAUGUAGCUGAUAAUCAAAAGACAACAAAUAAAAAAAAAUUUCCAAAAAUAUUUUGGAAAGAAACCAGUGAAAAAACCUUAGAGAACAACAAACAAAAUUUAGAGUCAUUACAAAAUGUUAUACAAAAUAAAUCUUUGUUUCCGCAUUUGCCAUCUACAAAAGAACUCAAUCCUUCGGUUACAUCUCGGAAAAAUGACUCAUCCUGUAAAUCUUCACAUAUUAAAGAAUCGUAUUCCAUGACUAAAAGUGUAAUUGAUAAGUUUUAUGAAAAAACUAUAGACGAAUUUAAUACUUUAUAUGACGACAAUAAUAUGAAAUAUAGUCAAAAUACUUUGAACAAAAAUAAAUGUUCUCCAGUAGCGAAACCGAAAAAACUGACCACAAAAUUAACAACGGAUAGGCAACAUGAUUUAUUUAAAAAUAUUUUUAUAGGCUUCUGUUAUCAAGUCAUUCUAUUUGGCAACUGCUCUAGACAAUGGUGCCCCUUUAAUCAUAAUCAUUUUUCACGUGUACUUACCUUAUACGAGAGAGGGGAAUAUUAUUUUUUUCAAAUGAUAAAUGAAUUGAUAUCAAAAGGAUAUCAUACAUUUUUAUUUAAUAUUUACGAAAAGUUGGUAAAUCACUCUAAAGAUGUAAUUUUCAUACUGAAAGUAUGUAAAAACUUAUAUGAACGCAAUAUGUUAAACUAUAUGAUGGGAUCCCGUACUAUUCCAAUCUUGCUGACUAAAGUUCCUAUAACAACAAUUAUAGAUCACUUAACAACAAUUGUAAGCAAUCGUGAUUCUCAAUUCAUAAAUUGGAUUUUGGAAAGAAUAGAAGCACAUAUCAAAUCCGAUACAGAUACUGAUGGAUAUUGGAAUAUAGUAAAACCUCUGCUACUGAAGACAGAAAAUAUAAAUUCAAAAAUUAUAAACAGUAUUUUAUAUGAAUGCAUAACUACAGGAAGACACAUUCAAGAUGUACAUGAAAAUAUUAUAAGUAAACUGGAUAAAGACAUUGAUCCUAAAAUUAAUAAAGACUUUCUAGUACGUUUUAAUAAUAAAUUGAGUGAACUCAAGGAUCCAAAAGAUAUUCGAGAGAUAAAAGAGGUGAAAAACACUGCAAUAAAUCAGUCAGUUAUAAAUAUUCAGUCACCUGAAUCGUCUAAUGAAUUCGAUGAUGCAUCGCUUAUAAACGAUACUUCUACCAUGAUUACUCAAAAAGUAUGGGACAAUAAUAAUAACAGUGUACAAAAUGAAAAAUCCUCUUUCGUGUUACACCCAAUUGACAACUUGCCAAAACCAUAUUCAUUACAUGGUAGAAAUAAAAAUUGGAAAUUUUACAUAGAUGUCUAUAGCCUUCAGGAAGGGCUUAAGCACAAUAAUUAUAAACAUGUUAUGAAAAUUCUUAACAAAAUUAAACAAAAGGAGAAGACAUUUUACACUCGCGCAUGUUAUAGAAUUCUGAAGAAUGAAAUACAUUACUCUCAAUACCGUUUGAGUAAACUCAAUUCAAAUACAGUCCGAAUCGGGGCAACAGCUAUUUGUUACGAAAUAUUAUUUGACGUUACAACACUUAUUUUGGCUGAUUUAGCUGAAAAAGAAUUUUGGGUGUUAGCGCUCAGGCUACUCAAAGAUAUUCAUAUUAUGUUACAAAUGCAUAUUCGUUUAAAUGAGCUUGACGCAACAACAAUUUUACUUUUCGCCGAAAUUUAUCUAGCAAAUAGACAACCUCUGAAGGUUUUCACCCUGCUUAAGGAAAGUAACAUUAUUUUUACUUGUCGUAAUAAGUGGAAGGUAAGAAGUAAUGAGAAGGAUGAUUACGCAAGAGCACAGAUAAUGGCUCUUCUAUUAAACACAUUUUCCAACACAUCCUCCAAAUAUGCAUUUUUUCUUUUUGAAUUUUUAAUGUCAGAUCAAAGUAGUAAUUAUUUUCCAAUAGAUCUUACCUGUGCCGCGAAUAAAUUAAUAUCGACAUUUUUACGAGAACGUGAUUAUAAGAUGAUUAUAAAUAUUGUAAAGUUAAUUUAUGACUAUAAUUUAGUACUCCCUGAAAUAACAUAUCGUGCAGUAAUUGCUACAUUGGUGCACAUUGAUUUAACUCUGGCUAAGCAGUUCUAUCAAACUGCGGUCGAUUUAGGAAUAUAUCCUAAACUAAAGUUUUAUCCACUGACAUAUCUUAUCAUAAAAUCUAAUUGGACGAGUGAAGAAAUGUAUCUCACGAUUUUCAACUUAAUGAAACAACUUUCAUUAAAUAUUGGACAUGCGAUCGAUCAUAUUAAGCCAAAUCAACUUUCAGUAUAUCUUAUUUUUGAGGCAUGUUACGCUCAUUUUAUAAUUUGAUUUCCAUCAAAUGAUUAAUCAUGGAAAACAAUUGCGAAUUUUGACAAAUUAACUUCUACUUCUUUUACAGCACACUCCUUUGAAAAAGCAACAUGUUUUUGAUGAAGAAAUACGACAACAAUGUGAUUAUGAUAUUAAUGAAAGUAAACAAAUUAUGAAAAGUGUACUACAAAAAUUUGAUCCACCUAUUUCAAUGAUAAUGACAAAGAAAGGUAAAUUCCAGAAGUUGAGUAGUACGAAACUUUUUAGGCAUUUACAACAACGUGAGUAUUGCGCGUAAUCCAACUCUGCAAUUUCAUUUAUCAGUUUUUAACCAAAUUUUAUUCAACUUAAAUUGACAACAAUGCAGUAAAGAUAAUCGCCUAAUAUCUAAAGUUCGGGAACUCUUAACGUAUCACUUCGCCUUAACGCUUUAUAUAUUUUUCUUUAUGAAACAUUAAUUUUUAUUUUCUUGGUAUGGAAUUUUACCAAAUUUGAUUAUUGACAAAACAUUUUGUAAAUCUUGCAAUAUCGAUUUUAAUUUUUAUAACGAACGUAAUUCUGUAUUUUAUACAUAAUUUGUUAUAAAUUAUAUAAUAUAUUUAGUAUUUUUGAGUUGAAUAUUUUGCAGUGCAAUAAAAUAUACUGCAUAGAUUAGACUAGACAAUCAUGAACAAUACCAUGAAUAUACAUUUUCGAA